AUGACAAUAUUAAAUAAUAAUGAUAUAAAUCAAAGGGGUAUAAUAAAUAAGGAGAUAGAAGAAUCUUUUACAUUAUUUUUUCCAAAGAAAUUGGCAUCUGGUGAUGGAAUUUCAUAUAUAUCCAAAGAACAGUAUUUAAGAAAUGAUAUAACUUGUAGGAAUAAUCAAUGUGAAAAAUGUAAAGAUAAUAUACUAUUGCAACUUAAUAGCCAGCAACAGAGCAAUGUAGCAAAUGUUAAUCAAGAUGUCGAUAGCCAGUCAUUGAAGGGUAAUCAGUUAUUAUUACAGAUGGGCCCAUCAAAUGUAAAACAAGAUAUCAUUAUUCCAGAUGUUUCGACGAUUAUAGACUAUUUAGAAGUUUUAGAACUACCAGAUACAACUUUAAGAAAUAUAGUUGUGUUGGAGACCAUCUAUAAAUAUGUACAAUAUAAUUCUGGACCAAAGCAUUUCGAAAGAGUAAAGUCAUUCGUCAAUCUUGCAGAACGUAGUAGUUGCUUCUUUAGUAAUGAGCUUUUUAUAGAAACAUUUUUAGACAGAAAUGAUCAAGAUUCAGUGUUAACCCAUCAAAAUAAAUUAAUCUGUAAAGCAGUAGAGUGGUAUACAAAUCAUUUUGACUCAUCCAAGUAUAGAGUGGUCUUGGUGUGUGGCGAUCCAUCAUCAGACGAAUCAAGCUCAUUAUAUAAUAUUGCAAAAUCAAAAUCACUGAAUGUGGUAUCUUUAUUGGAGUACUUGGAGUUAUUAAAUGGUGAUAAAAAAUCCAGUGAUAAUAAUAAUAAUAAAGAGUUGUUAGAGUUAUAUGAUUCAAUUACACAAUUAUUACAGGCUAAAAAAGAACAACAAUUAGAGAAUACAACCAAUGGUUCAGCUUCAAAUACAUUGUUCACUAGAUAUUUAAAUGACGAUGUUUUACAGGCCGAGUUAAAGUCUGGUAAUAUUGUAAGUGGUAAAAUACAUUACAAUUCACACAAUAGGGAAGAGGCAUUCGUAAAGAUAUCAAGCUCCUCAGGAAUUGCAACCAACCAAACUAAUGCAAGCUUUUAUGGAGAUAAGGUUAUGAUUAUUGGUAAAUUUAAUCAAAAUCGUUCGAUUCAUGGGGACAAGGUUGGUGUGGCUCUUUUACCAGAGUCUGAGUGGAUACCCUAUGAUUCAUCAAUUAAAUUAGACUAUUCAGAUGAGGAAGAACAAGAGCCCAGUGGAGCUUUAGAUUCAGAAGAAAAUAACAAAGUUUCUAAUCAAGACUUAAAAAUCCCAACAGGUAAAGUUAUUGGUGUGUUUCAAAGAAAUUGGAGAGAUUAUGUUGGUACUGUCGAAAAAAAUACCAAUUCAUUUACAAAUUUUGUGAUGGUCGUGCCAUUCGAUUGGAGAAUACCAAUCAUUAAAGUACCAACAAAAAACCCAGCUCAAUAUAUUGGUAAAAGAUUAAUUGUUAGAAUCGAUAACUGGGAUCUAAAUUCGAAAUCUCCAAUGGGCCAUUACGUUUCUACAAUUGGCGAGUCAGGUAGUCUAGAGACUGAGCUCCAAGCAUUGAUGGUAGAGCACGACAUCUCAUUAAAACCAUGGCCAACAUCUAUAUUAAAAUGCUUACCAGAGUCGUCAGAAGAAGCACCUUGGCAAAUACCAAAAGAAGAAUUCAAGUAUCGUAGAGUACUUAAUGACCAUCACACCAUGAGUAUAGAUCCAUUGGGAAGUAAAGAUAUUGAUGAUGCAAUCUCUAUUGGAUAUCCAUCCGACGAUAUUAUUGAAGUGGGGGUUCAUAUUGCUGAUGUAUCAUUUUUUGUAAAGGAGGGUUCAGCAUUAGAUAUCGAAGCUCGUCGUCGUGGCACUACAAUCUAUUUACCAGAUCGUCGUUUUGACAUGUUACCAGCAGUACUUAGCGAGGAUGUCUGUUCACUCAGAGGAGGUUUUCCACGUUGCGCAAUGAGUUGCAUUUGGCAAUUUAAGAGAGGAACUUGCGAAAUUAUAAAUACAUGGUUUGGUCGUACUAUUAUUCAUUCAUCAGGCGAACUUCAUUACCAAUUGGCUCAAGAUAUUAUUAAUGGUGUUGUUGUAGAUGGAAAAGAUAAAGAUACCGAUGUUACCAAUGGCGGAAAGAAUGCCGGCUACCGUAAUCGUGUUUUCAAUGGUCUAAAAAUUAGUGACAUUAAAAAGGAUUUGAUCAAUUUACGUACAAUUUUCCGUUUAUUAAAAAAGAAUCGUGAAGAUAAUGGUGCAUUGGAUUUAGAAAGUAUAGAGGUUAGAUUUCAAUUCAAUCAAGAUGCUCCAGGUAAACCAGAAAAAAUUGUCCUAAAAAAUGAUUUAGAGAUCCACUCUCUUGUUGCCGAAUACAUGAUUUUAGCAAAUUCAUCAGUAGCUUCAAAAAUUUAUUCAUCAUUUCCAUCAUCAUCAUUACUUCGUAGACAUCCAAAACCAAACCAAAUUAAUUUUGAAUCAAUUAAACCUUUAUUUAAUUUAUGUGGUUUUGAUUUAAACACUAAAACAAAUAAAGAAUUAGCAGAAUCAUUAAGUGAAGCUAAGGAUAGCAAUGACCAUUUCAUCAAUCAAAUUUUAAAAUUAAAAACAGUAAAUAUCGUAUCAGAAGCUGUUUAUUUCUCUACCGGUUCAAUUAAUGUAAACGAGUUCUACCAUUAUGGUUUGGCACUUGAUAAAUACACACAUUUCACAUCACCAAUUCGUCGUUAUUCAGAUAUCAUAGUACAUAGACAAUUAUGGAACUCAUUAACUCAAAAUGGUCAACCUGGUAAUUUUAACCCAUACGAUAACUAUUCAAUGACAAAUUUAACAGAUCACCUUAAUAUUAGACAUAGAGCCUCAAAGACAGUUCAAAGAGAUGCUACCGAGUUGUUCCAAAGUUUAUAUUUCCAAUUAAAGCCAAAAGAAAAAGUGGAAGCUAUCAUCACCGAUAUUAGAUCCAAUGGUAUUGUUGUAUAUGUUCCAGAAUUUGGUCUUAGAUCAAGAGUUUUCCUAAUUAAAGAGUCCGAGUAUCUCGUUUCACCAGGAACUGUUUUCCCAGAGUCAUAUGGUAGUGUCACCAAAAUCGAUUUCAAUGAUUUAAAUUUAAAAAUUCACCUUUCAAAACAUUCAGAACCAAUUGUAUUAUCAGUUUUUGAUCACAUUAAAGUCAAUAUUCAUACUGAAGAUAAUAAUUAUCAUUUACCACCAAUCAAAUUAGAUUUAAUAGAGAUUAUCGAAAAGAAAAAACAACAGACACAACAACAAUCAAAUAAAAUUAAAAAAAUUAAAUCAGAUACCACUUCUAAAGAUCAACCAUCAUCCAUAUCAAAUGAUUCAAGCGAUAUAAAAUCAUUCAAAGAUAAAAAAUCAUUAAUUGAAGAAAUUAAAAAGACCGAAAAAGAUUUAAAGAAGGAUUCUGAUGUUUUAUUGGAUCCAAACUCCAAAGAAUAUAUUCAAUCAAAUGAAACCAAUAUUUUUAAUUUAGUUUCACAAUUUUCAAAUUUAAAUUUAAUUCAAGAGAAUGGAUCAAGAAUCAAUUAUAAUUUAGGAAAAAACAAACAACAACAACAGCAAUCACAACAACAACAACAAAAACAAUCUUUACCAAAUCAAUCAAAUAAAAAACAACCAUCAACAACAAGUGUAUCAAUAGCAGAUAAAGAUAAAAAACAAAAACAGGGUCCAUUAAAACUAUGGAGAAUGACAGAAGAGGAAAUUAAAGAAUAUAAAAGAAAAUCAGAUAAGGAGCUUAGAGAUUCUAUUAGUAAUAAAUAUAAAUCAACAAAUUCAGAUGGUGGCACGGAUAAUAGUGAUACUGCAUAUAUGAUGGGUCCAGAUUUAUCAGUCAAGCAAAAAUAUGGAUAUGAAAUUAAUAAAGCUGAAAGGGAUUUAAAAAAAGCUCACAUCCAAGAAAUGAAAUCAAGAAGAAAAUAA